AUGAAUGAAAAUAACAACAACGGAGCUAUUUUUAAACUUGAUAAACCGGUUUUCUACUUAUCAAUACACAAGACUCAGGUGAAUCGACGAUCAUCGGGUGUGCAGUACGGACACAUUGAUAGCAGUGUCCAGAUCGAAGACAUGGAGACACUUCUGCUGAUUGCAGGACUCUUUGUGGUAGCAAGUGGGCAGGUUAAUUUCGCCCCAGUGUUUAACACAGUGAAUAGUACAGGGGUGGAUGGAGACUUGAGACAAAGACUGGUAACCCAAGGAGUGGUAGAAAGCUUCGCAGUCGGUACCUUACUUGGAAAUUUAUCAGCUAGAGUACCACAGAAUCCUGGUGCAUCAAUUACAUAUUCAGCUACAAGUGACCAAACACUGAAAGUUCUGGCUGACGGACAAGUAUUGCUUAACAGGCAGUUGGAUAGAGAGGCAUCAUCUUCAACAGGAAAUAACCUAAAGGUCACCUUUGUGGCUUCAUACCGAACCAAUACGGGAGUCACUCUAUCUGCUGAUACAUCCAUUACUAUUACUGUUCUGGAUGUCAACGAUGAAUAUCCAACCUUUCAGAAUUUACCAUACAAUGCAAAAGUAGCAGAGAGUGCGAGUAUCGGAUUCACACUGUACAGCUCCAUUCAAAUCCGAGAUCUGGAUGUGGGGUACUAUUCUGAGGUCCAGCUUUCGUGUCUCGUCCCCCCAGGAGAUGCAGAGAGCCAGUCAGCUUGUGACACAUUCGGACUAAACACGCGGCAGAAUUCACAGGGUAACUACACAGGAUAUGUAUUUCUCAAGAGUGCUUUGGAUUAUGAAGUGAAGAAAGGCUACACGAUGACUAUCAAGUCCAUAGACAACCCCUCCAGACUCGGGAACCAGGUGCAGCUGACAACCACGAUCAACAUUCUGAUAGAAGUGGUUGACCAACAGGACUCCCCACCCCGAUUCCUCAGUACUCCCAUCACGGUCACGGUGUUCGAGAAUGCUGUGAAUAAUACAAGGGUUGGUGCCAUUACUGCACAAGAUGGAGAUGAAGGAAGUCCUCGGCCUAUCAAAAUAGUCAAUAAAGAUCCCAACAACCUAUUCUAUCUCAGCCCUGCUGUCUCAGACGACAUCAGGACAAACCUUACCUACACAUCCAAAAUCUCAGUUCUCCAAAACAUUGACAGGGAGACCCAGCUUGCCAGAUAUGACUUUGAAGUUGAGGCAAUUGAGAUGGAGAAUGGCGUGGAGACGGAUCAGAGGGUGACAACCAAAGUCAUAGUUACCAUUUUAGAUGAAGAUGACAACAGCCCAACAUUUCAGCAAUCUUUGUACAACAUAACCGUUUUAGAGAUGGACAGCAGUUCUAUUGCUAAUUCAACAACCCCUCUGCCUGGCCUCAAUAUGAGAGUUGAGGACCCAGAUGAUCCGAGUAAUGCCCAGUUCAGCAUAUCUAUCGUGACUCAGCCGAUUCCUGGUCUCUUCAGUGUGACGCCCACCACAGCCACUCAACAGGCACAGGUUUCUCUGAUAGUCAACAAGGCCAUACAGCUGGACUACGAGAACCCCAGUGUCCGCACACAACAGAUCAGACUGUUAGCACAAGAUGUCAACAAUCCUACUCAGCAUUCCUCGACGGCAGUGGUGAUCAUCAAUUUAGAGGACAGCAAUGAUAACACUCCCCAAUUCCCAGCUACGGAGUACAUUGCCUCCGUCCGGGAAGACAGGGGCAUUGGAAGCUCGAUAAUUACAAUCACUGGCUCCGACAGAGACAGUGGUGAAAAUGGUCGUUUGGAGUAUUCGCUGCGCGGCACAGGAUUAGAAAAGUUCAAUGUCGAUCCAUCAACAGGCCGUGUCACACUAGCCCAGUCUCUGGAUUACGAGGAUACGACAUCAUACCAGUUGCUGUUUAGGGCCGUAGAUAAGGGUAAUCCUAGUCGGGAGGCCUCCGUCAGUUUGACUAUUUCUGUUCUCAACUACAAUGACUUUGGACCAGUCUUCAAUCCUGACUCUUAUCAAACCUCAGUGAACGAAGGAGAAGUGAACAUCCUGAUUCCUGUUAUUGUGAAGGCUCGAGACCAAGAAUCUUUGGAUAACAUCACAUAUGCCAUUGUUGCUGGAAAUACAGCUGAUAAUGCAUUUGUCCUUAACCUGAGAACAGGGGUGCUUUCUCUGUCCAGAGGCCUUAACUAUGAGGAGACUCCCAGACGGAGUGGAUUUUUCAGCCUGACUGUACAAGCCACAGAUUCAGACUUCCCUCCACAGUCCUCCAACACAACUAUUACAGUAUUAGUCAUUGAUAAAAAUAACCAUGACCCAACAUUUGUACAGUCUCAAUAUACGGCAAAUAUCAGCGAGGGAGCAGUUUUAGGGUCCUUUGUGAAGAGUGUCUCAGCCACUGACCAAGAUUUCGGAUCCAAUGGAAACAUUUCUUACUACAUCUGGAGUGGGGGACUUGACCACUUUCUCAUUGACCAACAGGGUCAGGUCACAGUCAGCGGUGGGGCAGCCCUAGACGUGGACACUGUCCGUAGAUAUGAUGUCAUAAUUCAUGCUCGAGACCAAGGGAGUCCCCCGAGAACUGGUUCCACAACCCUCAUAGUGACCCUCAACGACUCCAACAACAAGGACCCAUUCUUCACUGAGCAGUUCUACAUUGGAUCAGUACAGGAAACGGUGUCGAUUGGAACAUCUGUGUUACAAGUGAAGGCUGACGAUACUGACAGCACUAAGUCGCUGCAGUAUUCUAUAGACCAACUCAGCAUCAUCGCCAAAAACACAGACGGGACGCGGAUCCAGGCAUUAUAUCCUUACGACUUCAGGGAGGCUUUUGAGAUUGAGCCGACUUCUGGUGUAAUUAAAGUGAAGUCGGCCCUGAAACGUGAUAGUGCAGCCGAAAUAGAUUUCAACGUUAUUGUCAGAGAUGUAAAUGCUGAGAACAACAAACCGCAAACGGCCACAGCUCUUGUAUUGAUAACGAUAUUGGGUUCGGCUGAUUUAACUCCUUACUUUGCUCCUCCGUGGACUGUGACCAAUCCUACAUAUUACUACACUCUGCCUGAGGAGCUGGCCAUUGGUACAGUCACAUCAACGCUUAUUGCCACUGACCCCAAGGGGCCAUUCCAGAUCACCAACUUCCAGGAAAUAGCAGAAUCUAAUGGAGGAGAUCUGGGAGAUUAUUUCUCAGUCAAUCAAACAUCAGGUCAGAUAAAAGUGAACCGACGUUUGGACUAUGAUAACUUGAACUUCAAACUGAUCAAGUUCCGUGUGCGGGCAUUUUCAAAAGAUAAUCUCAGGAGUGUGGAUGCUAACAUCACUGUUCAAGUUCAGGAUAUCAACGACAAUGUUCCAGAAUUUUCACAAACAAAAUAUACAGUGACUGUUGCUGAAGACCGAGUUUACCCCUACCAGAUAGCCACCGUCUUUGCCAGUGAUAAAGACAGUGGAAGUUAUUCAGAGAUUGCUUAUUCACUCAGUGGACAAGGCCAUGAGAAAUUUAUGAUCCUGAAAUCUAGUAAGGAAAUUGGAGUCGGACUGUUAUUAAUUGGGAACAGAACAGUUUUGGAUCAUGAGACGACUCCUGAAUAUAACAUGUUGCUAACUGCCCAAGACAAUCCACGCGCUUUGUCUUCAGAAGUACAACAGAGAUCUUCUGUACCAUUAACAAUUCGGGUGAGAGACAUCAAUGACAACCGUCCCCAAUUUACCAGCAGUCAGUACUCAUUCCUGACAGUGGAGAGUUAUGAUUUGAAUACCAACAUUGGAGAGGUCCGUGCCAUUGACCUGGACAGUGGGGUCAAUGGGGAAAUUGAUUAUACCAUUGUAUUGGUGGAUCCUGCCCCAAGGUCGCCAGAGGAGGAUUACUUUGGAAUUGCACCAGAGAGUGGUAUGUUGUACAGUAAGAAUUCCCUUCGAGGGGCAUCCGCAAAGUCUCCAUACCGGCUGGUGAUUCAGGCUCAGGACCGGGGGUCCCCAGUACUAAUGAGCAACACCACGGUCACUAUCAAUGUCAGUAGUGGACAGCUGGACAAUGGAAAACCUAUCUGGAUCUCACCACGUUUUGGGGACUCCAACGUUGUCACCCUAAUGAACAUUACAGAACAUGCUGAUUUAGGAACUGUGGUUAUCCAAGCCCUAGCUGUGCCUCGGACUCCCGGAGCUUCUAUCGAGUACACCAUCCUGAGUGAUAACGAGGAGACGACCGAGUUUGUGAUAGAUAAGAACACGGGUAUCGUCACGGUCGCUCGCAAUCGGACACUGGACAGAGAGAAACAAGAAAUACACGAUUUGAUCUUGCUGGCGACUGAUACAUUGAACAGAACCUUGCAGAGUACCCGACUUUUGUCCAUCAAACUACAGGACAUUGAUGAUGAAAACCCUUCCUUCAUUAGCUGUCCCAAUAGACAGUAUGAUGUUCCAACGGAAACAUCGGUCCGUGAGGGGGAGCCUGUAGGGACCCUGGUUUACACGGCAAAGGCCUGCGAUCUCGAUAAACCCCCCUACAACACAGUCCAGUACAGUUUCUACACUGAUGACAGCUUGUAUUGUUUUUCAAACAUCACUCAAAACUUUGUUCUUAACGCUGCCACUGGACAAAUCACCACAAAUCGAGUCCUUGACAGGGAAUCUACAGCCAGAUAUCUCAUCUGUGUCAAGGCCAGUAAGCCAAAUAACCGCAGAAAACGAGAGAUUCCCAGCAAACAAAACCUGGAAACCCAUCUUCAGCAAUACACUGCUAACGACAUCUUAUUUCUGCUGGUGACAGUUUCAGACGUAAACGACAAUGAGCCAACAUUCUCCUUAACCAGCGACUACACUUAUCUUUUUGCCUAUCCCACAAAGGACGCUGUUUAUCAGUUGACUGCUAGUGACCCCGACCUUGGGGACAAGGGUUGGGUGCGUUACAGCAUCAUUCAGUCCCAAUACAUCAACACAGCCAAGAGAAGGAAUAUAUCAGUGUUUGAUGCAUUUAAGAUUGGCUCAGAAUCGGGUCAAAUCUCAGUAGGAUUCCAGUCCUACACCUAUUUCAUCGGAGGAUAUUUUGAGCUGACAAUUAAAGGUGAAGACUACCUUAAGUCGGAGUUGUACAGUACUUACAAAUUAAAGGUGUACAUAGGGGAGAAGACAAGUCAGGUACGGGUGGUGAUGGCCACAGAUCCCAGUCGUGACCAGCAACAAUUUGUUAAAGACUUGGAACAGAGUUUAAAUGGAAGAUCUCAGUAUGCCCUGUACAUCCCAACAGACACCCGGUACCAUGUGACAUCCACAGGAACUAGUGCUAAUCAGAUUGACAUCUGUUUCUUUGUUGUGAAAAACAACCGUGUUGUAGAUUCCUAUGAUGGAACAUCAGCUUUAAGUGAUGUUCAGGGAGUUCUGUCAUCAAACAAUGUCCAUAGUCCAGGGCCUUGUGAGCCAGCCACCACCAAGACGUUAGAAGGAUGGUCAGCUUUCUGGUGGGUCCUGGUGGCGUUUGCCAUUUUCAUGUUCGUCAUCAUCGUCAUCCUUAUUUUUGCUGUGGUGGCACUUCAUAAAGACUACAGGAAUUCAAUGCAAGCGACAACAACUGUACAACUUGUUCAAUAGAAAGAAAGAAAAAAGAAUGAAAAGUGUGAUUUUGACAGUGCAGAAAUUCUACAAACAUGACUUUAGUUGAUGGAAAUCCUAGAUUCCAAACAGUCUCAUAUUUCAUGCUUACGUAAUUACAAAAGAAAGAAGUUAUGUUUGAGUAGAAUCUAUAGUAAGAUAUGUUAUUUGUCAAAAUGAAUCUCAGACUCUUGUAAUCUGGUCCACAUCAUCUGUUAAGGAAAAAAAAAUUUUUUUAAAAAAUCACAUGGGCAGAAGAAAGAGGAUGAAAUGCUUAUCACAGCACUUUAAAAGUAUGAUAAAACUGUUUCACGAGUGUAGACUGCUGACGUAACAAAGAUGUAUUUCCACAUACGUGUAUGUACCUUGCCAUGAAUGAUGGAUGAAUGCAAGUUUUUGGUGGAUGGUGUUAUGGAUAGUGCAGUAUGGUGGUGAGAAAGUGUGCGAGAAAAAAAAUGUUAGAGAGGAUUUCUGUGUGAUGUAUACUCAUUGCAGUAGUAAAAACAUCGAGAUAUUUUUGUUGGCUGUUUUGUGUAAACAAAAGAAAUAUAUAUAUUUGUCAGACAUAUCCUUCUGCAGAUGCAUUAUAAAAUUUAGACGUCUUGAACAAAGUAGGAAGACAUAUUGAUAUCCAGUGUACCAGAGUGUCAUUGUUCACUUGCAUCUCGGUUAGUGAUAUUUCAUGUACUAGUAUUUUUAUAUUAUUUAUACAUAUUUUGUACCAUGAUGCAAUUUUGAUGAAAUAUAUUUUUUACAAAAAGAG